AUGAAAGAUUCAUUAUCAUCAUCUGUAUCUAUGUUACAACAUGAUACGAAUUAUUCUCAAGAACAAAAAACACCUGAUUAUAGAUUAAUUUCAAAUCCAUUUGAUUCUCCAACAUCAGUUCAUCUGAAACAGAGACUUGCUAGUUUUAGUAUAUUCAAUGAACAACAAGAAAAUAAUUCUGUUGCCGAUAUUCUUUCUAUUGAACGUCGUGCACAAGUUUAUCCACAUCAAUUAAGUGAACAUAUUGUUCAAAUAGAUACAUCUCUUUUUAAUGAAGAAAGACGUGAUAGAUAUCAACGAGCAUCCGAUCAUUUUUGUCAAACACAACUUGAUUUACCGACACCUAUAACAUCGAAUAAUAUUCCAAAAACAAAAAAUCAGUCAUGGUCAAGUAGUUCAUCAUCAAGCUCGAAUUCUUCACUUAAUCAUACUCGAACUACUCGACAUAUGGGUUGUCAAACACGUCUUUCACUUCCACCAGCAGCCGAUCUUGAUUCAUUAAUACAAAGUUUUGCUUCAAAUAGUGAUCAAGAUGAACCAAUUGUAACUAUAUCAAAUUCAUCAUUAAAUAUGUCUCAAAUACGACGAAAAUUAUUCUCUGAUGAAGAUGAUCUACUUGAUGAAACACCAUUAAUAGUACAACCUCGUCGUUCAUCUUUAUUUGAUCAUGAACAACGUUCAUCAAGUCCAAGUCAACAACAAUAUCGAGAAAGUCAACCUUUUCGACAUACAAAACCAAUAACACCUGAUUGUUCACCAAUUCCAUUGAAAACUUCAACAAAUUCAACAAAAAAUUCUCAACAACAUUUCAUUGCAGUUACUCCACAACAAGAAGCUGUAGUGAUGACUUCUGUUUCUCGUCCGACACGUCAUUUAUCAGUUCUUUCAUCACCAAUUACAAAUAUGUCUAUAGGUUCACCAAUAAUACAUACAUAUCAAAUGCCUAGUGAUUAUGCCCGGCAAUUACUUGAUAAUGCACUCGCCGAUCUAAUGGAGUGUUCAAUGUGA